AUGGAAAAGCACAGCAACACCAUGAUGGCCCCUCCAUCUCCAACACCCACAACGUUUGUUCAAGCAGACACAAACACCUUCAGAGAACUAGUCCAAAAGCUGACCGGUGCAUCCAGUGACUCCCAAGACAAACUCCCGGUGACCCACCCCACAAGGUUCUCCACCAAACCCGUUGACACCACCAGAAUUCGUCGUUCGCCUUUCAAGCUCCAAGAACGACGGCAACACACCAUGCGAAAACUCGAAGUCAAACUCGGUCUCACCUCGCUCUACAACUCACCAAGACAGGCUCAGUCCAUGUUGUCGCCGGUGCAGAGCCCUGUGACUCCACUCGGUUGUGACUCGGUGUUCGUCUCCCGAGUCGGGACCGAGUCGCCGCCGUCGGAGGAGGAGAAGGCUAUGGCAGCAAAAGGGUACUACUUGCAUCCGUCGCCGAGGAAAGCACAGCCGCCGGAACUGUUGACUUUGUUUCCAUUGACUUCGCCCAGACAGGAGUCUGGGGAUCCGUGA